GAUUGGCACAGCCCGAGGCCAGAGCCCGAGUAACGGGACUCUGGGCGGCGGGUUGCAGUCCCGGAGGCCGAGAGGUUGGCGUAGCCGCGGAGCCCAAAGCCCAGGGUGGGAGCCAGGCCGGGACCCGCGCACCAUGCCCUACCUGCUCAUCAGCACUCAGAUCCGCAUGGAGGCGGGCCCCACCAUGGUGGGCGACGAGUACUCGGAUCCAGAGUUGAUGCGGCAUUUGGGGGCCUCAAAAAGAAGCGUCCUGGGAAACAACUUCUCUGAAUACUUCGUCAAUGACCCCCCUCGCAUAGUCCUGGACAAGCUGGAACGCAGGGGCUUCCGGGUGCUGAGCAUGACAGGGGUGGGCCAGACACUGGUGUGGUGCCUGCACAAGGAGUGACCCUCACACAGAGGAGCAGACACGGCACCCCUUCGUUGAGUGGUUGCCAUGGGCCCCGAUCUCAAGCCCCUGCCUCACUGCCCUGCCCCUCUCUUCCCAAAUCGUCAUUUUUCCUUGGCCCAGCACCACUGGGCAGUGAAUGGCCCUCUCUGAAACCUGACUCAGCAGGGGAUGGGAAGGGCAGGGCCCCUUGCCCUGCUGCUCCCAGCUGCCCCUCCACCUUCUGGCCUGGCUGAGGGCCCUGGAGGAGGCCAUGUUCACGUGUAGGCUGAGGAGGUGGCAAGAGCCAGAAACAUGGCCCCUCGACUGGGCGGGUGGGUCCUGUGCCUCUGGUCCAAGCCAAUAAAGGGCUGCAAUGA